AUGCAUGUGGAAGGGUUUGCACUUAAUGUCUUUGCAAAGGCAGACAAGCAGGAUCGUGCUGGAAGAGCAGACUUGAGCACUGCCAAAACUUUUUAUGCCGCCAGCAUAUUCUUUGAAAUUCUGGGCCAGUUUGGCCCUGUUCCUCCUGAUAUAGAGCAGAAACAGAAGUAUGCUGCUUGGAAGGCUGCUGACAUAAGGAAAGCCAUUAAAGAAGGGAGGAAGCCCACUCCAGGUGAUCCUGUUGAUGAUGAAACUGAUUCAUCUAUCCCAUCAAGCGGUCCUAGUGGCUCCUUUGAUCUCGGUGCAACUGAUACCAACAUACAAAGUCAUCAUAGAACAGAGUCUGAUCCAUCCCAUGACUCAAAUGAUGACUCUGGUCACCACCAUUUCCCUGAAGUGCCACAACAUCCUCUACCUCCCAGGUUCCAUGACAAUCCUAACAACGAUUAUUCCACAGAUGCCCCACCUCCACCACCGUCUUCUUACCCUUCCAACGAUCUCCUUCCUCCUCCCACUGGACCAUCAGACUCUCCUUACCCGCAUCCUUACAACCAUCAACCAUCAUACCACCAAGAGCCGCCACCACAACACAUGCCGCCGCCACCACAAAACUACCCAACACAUGAGCCUUCUCCAAACUCUCUCCCUAAUUUCCAGUCUUACCCUAGCUUUAGUGAGAGCAGCCUCCCAGCCACUCCUCCCCACUAUCCUUCUCACUACCAAAACCCUGAACCUUACUAUUCUUCUCCACACUCCGCACCUGCUCCUUCUUCAACAAGCUUCGCCUCUGCUCCUCCUCCUCCUUAUUCAUCAUCAAACGGGCGUGUCAACAUUGCUCCCGUGCUAUACCCUGCACCGAGUCCAGCUCAGAAGUACCAUUACGACAGCAGCUACCAGCCAGGUCCAGAGAAGAUUGCAGAGGCACACAAGGCUGCUAGAUUCGCUGUAGGAGCUUUGGCUUUCGAUGAAGUCUCGACUGCUGUAGAACAUCUGAAGAAGUCACUCGAGUUGCUAACAAAUCCAUCGGCCGGUCACUGA